AUGAGCUUAACAUUCGACGUGAAAACGAUUAACAUUAAUGGAAGCUCGCAUAGGAUACUCUUGCAGAAUGAGAACGGUCCUUGCGCUUUGCUAGCGCUAUGUAAUGUGCUUCUGCUUUCGCCGCAAUUGCUCCAGCAGGCGGCUCCCCUGCUGGAACUAGUCUCGAGAAGUGACGAAGUAGAACUUCAUAGUGUCAUCACCACGUUGGCCAACAUUGGAGUGCAAGUGCCUCGCGGUGCACAUUCAGAUGUAGAUAGAUUAUUGCAAUUGCUACCGCAAUUGCACACGGGUCUGUCAAUCGAUCCGAUUUUCAAUGGGUCAUUCCAGGACGGAGACGAGAUGGCUCUGUUCCGGCUAUUCAACGUAAGCAUUGUGCAUGGAUGGCUCGCAGACUAUGCCAGUGACCCGUUGCAAUACGAGCAUGUCUCAAGCUACUCGUAUGAGGGAGCUCAAAAGGCGUUGAUUGCGGCUUAUGACGUUCAACACGGAAACAUCGCCGAAACACCAGAGAACACGGCAGCAGUCAAAGAUUCGAACUUCAUCAAAUCCUUUUUGGCCCGGUCAGCUACGCAGCUGACGGAUUAUGGCUUGGAACACAUGAAGGAAGUGCUAUUAGAGAACUCCUAUGCUGUCAUGUUUCGCAACGAUCAUUUCGCAACAAUUUGCAAGAGCAAUAACCAGCUUUACACCUUGGUGACAGACUUGGGAUUCAAAAAUGACACGCAAGUCGUGUGGCAAUCUUUAAAAUCUGUGAAUGGUUCGCAAGAUACGUUUUUCACAGGCAACUUUCUCCCUGCAAUGUUCAAUCGCUCAUCUACGCAGGGAAGCUCUUUAGCUGUGGGGGCCAGAGGUAAUUCUAACAAUCCUUUUGCCGAUCCUGUGGCUUCAUACCACGCUAGCGGUCCUGAAAACGAUCCUAAUUACAUGACGGACGAGCAGUAUGCUCGGCAAUCACAGGAGCAAGAAGAUGCCCGAGUGGCCAGAAGUAUGCAACGCAACUACGAAGGGACCAGAGCCCACAACAAUGGGAACUCGAGAGCUAUGAAAAAGGAGAAGGACUCGAAGAAGAAGAAGGGUCCUAAAACUCGCAAACGCGAUAAAUUGAAGAAAAGCUGCAUUGUGAUGUAA